UGUAAAAUUUUGUAAUUAUUUUUUUUUUAUUUUGUUAAUUUCUGAUCGAGGUUAAAAAUGUUGUUUUUAUUGUAUUGAAGUUUUUGUCACAAGAAGUAAAAGCUGAUUACAAUUCUCAUGGAAGAAUCAUAUUUUCUUUAUAUUAAAUAAAAAGCCUAACUUUGUAAGCAUCAAGGAAAAUACACAAGUAACCCUCCAUAUAUUAGAAUCCAGAACAUAAACCAAAUUUUGGUCCAAGCAGUACGAGAGUUUGUUUACGUUUCUUCCAGUAACUGCAGUACAGUUUUUGUAAUAAAGAUAUUGGAGUACUUUUUGUACAUAAUGUAUUAGGCAGCGUAUAAAUAUUAAAGUGUUAUAAAAGUGUUGAGACAAGCUUGAAAAUUAUUAGAAUAUUAUUGGUAAACCUUGUAUUUAGUCUUGUUUUACAGAUUCAAAUAUGGAUAUUGAGAGUAUGGAGGGAUUGGAUAAUACAAGAAUCCAGCUUCCAGAUCACUGUAAACAACUUCUGGUUGAUCUUGUGGUGGAUAGUCAAGAUAUCCUAGUAUACUGCGAGGGUGGGAUAGUACAAUCAUGUCGUCUAGUUCUUGCUUGUCUCAGUCCACUACUCCGCUCCAUUCUUCUUCAAGCAGAGGAACCUUCCAUCAUACUUCCUGGAGUUCAGGCGACAGAACUUCGGUAUUUUCUACAAUGCUUGGCAUCUACAGGAAAAAUAGAAGAUCAUGAGAAUAUCAUGAACCUUUUGGGAGUAUCUCGAGAUGGUUGGGUUCCAACCCCUCUCAAGGUACAGGAUGAGGAAGAUUCAGAACUACUUCGUACUGCCCAGAACCUUAGCCUUCUCUCUCCUUUAACAUGGAGAAGAACUACACUAGAACUAGCAGGGCAAAGCAAGAAUAUUGAGAAGAUUGUCCGUCCUUCCUCUUUAGCAAUGUUCAGUACUGUCCUGGACACGGAUACGGACGGUUUUAAUCAAUGCUUUGAAUCAGAUCCUCUCCUUCGACAGAAGUGUGAUAUGUAUAUAGGGCAGACUGAGGCCGGAUUUGUGUGUAAGCUGGUGCACUGCACCUUUAUGCACCAUAAGAAGACUGUGCUCAAGUACCAUGUACUCUCCCACCUCAACAUCAACCCCUUCAACAAGGUGGAGAAGGAGGAGAAGGGAUAUGUGGAGUUCAUCACAAACCGAUUCAAGAAGAAAACAGAAGAGAAAAUACUUGAAAAAUCAGAAAUCCAGAAAGAUGAUUUUGCUAUUGCUGUGAAUGAAUUCAUGUCAGACUGUCCUGAACCUGAACCUGAAUUUUCUCCGUCCGUCCUAGCUCCUCCUCAACCUAAACCUGAUCCGGAGAUACCGCAGAUACUAGACUCGCUAAUACCGGAUUCAGACUUUCUCCUUCCUGAACCUAUAGAGGAGAAUCAGCAGGCAGAAAUCAAACCAGAUACUAACAAGAAGAAGAGUAAACUAAAGAAGAAAAUAUCUAACAAAAAGGUCAAGAUACAGUCCCCUAGUUCCUCUAAAAAGAAUUUAGUUGAAGAUAUGUCUGAUGAAACUCGUAAAAGAUGCGACGAAUUUAUAGUAUUUGUUCAAACCACUAGAGAAUACAAAUGUGUGUAUACAGAUUGCAGCUAUGCCCAUAGAUCUAAGACCUGGUUAAAGUACCACGUGAUGAAACACCUUGAUAUAUCUGAGUAUCUCUGUGAAGAGUGUGGAGAACCGUUUCCAAUGCAGAAGCUUCUGAAGAAGCAUGUGAUGACAGUACAUGGUAGUGAUGAACUCAGAGCUGCAAUUGAACUAUGGAUUGCUGAGGAUGCUACCAAUCCGUCCUGGUACAGGUGUACCUUUAUACAGUGUGGAUUUGCAGCUGCUACUAAGAAAGGUGCGGGGCUUCAUGCGCUCAACGAACACAUGGAGAAAUCGUAUAUUUGUGAUCUAUGUGGUGAAGGUUUUGUAACUGAGCGCUCCUUGCAGAACCAUUCAAACUAUCAUCAUAACAAAUCACGUAACUCCGAUAAACUGUUUCCAUGUGCGUACUGCACCAAGAGUUUCCGUACUGCAUCCUACCAGGAGGCCCAUGAGAACGAGCACAAGGGAGUUCGACCUUAUCAAUGCGACGCAUGCGGCAAAUCUUUUGCUAGCAACGGAAUGUUACGAUCGCAUAAGUUUGCGCAUGCGCCUAAGAUAUUUAAAUGUGAUUGCUGUGAUCAAGCGUUUCCAAGAAAGAAUACUUUAAUGGUGCACUUACGCGCUGUACAUAUGCACGAGAAACCGUAUGAAUGUGAUAUUUGCGGACAAAAGUUUCCGCGGAGCAGUAGCAUGACAAGACACAGACGAAUUCAUACUGGUUUACCGAGAUAUCAAUGUCACUACUGUGAUAAGACGACAACACAGCGUGGUGAUCUAAACAGGCAUAUGGCCAAAGCGCAUGGAUGGCCAACAAGAGAUUAUAGGCUUCAAGAGAUAGUUCAUGUGCAAGUAUAAAAUGUUAUUAAUUGUAGUUUAUAAAGAUUUGUAAAGAAUUUUAGAGACUCCUUUUAAAAUGUUCAUUGUACAAUGUGCAUGCUGAGGGAG